AUGAUUGCUGCGAAGAAUAUAUUCGACAAUCAGAUGCCGCAUAUCAAAUUUGAUUCGUCGGACGACGAUACAAAAAAUGUGAGUGAUAGUCGUGGUGGUGAAUCAAGAAAUCCUAUUGGUGAAGAAGCCAGGAAGAGCAGGAAGGCGCGACUGGAAGAACGUGAAGAAGCAAUGGAUAGUGAGACUGACCGCAAGAGAAGUCGCUCAGAGGGUGAACACAUGGAUGAAUCUGCUGGAUCUAAGGACCGAAAAGAGAGGCCUAGAGGAGACGACCGACGUGAGGAAAGAGAAAGGCAAAGGCCUGGAGACGAACGUCAUGAGGAAAGAGAAAGGCAUAGACCAGAUGAUAGAAGAGACAGACCUGAUGAUCAUAGGAAAAGGAGCUAUGACAAUGAUUUUGGAGGAAGGUUACGCAGAGACGAUUUUGGUGACAGGCCACGUGGUCGCGAUAGAGACAAUCGCGGAGGUCGGCAUGACGACAGGCGUCGAGAUGAUUUCAGAAGUAACGAUCGAGAUGACAGAGAUAGAUUUCAGAGGAAAGACGACAGACGAGAUUACGGCGGUCCAAGAAGAGACUUUCGCGGUGGUGGUGGACCCAGACGCGGUGGACCGGAUAGAGGAGGUGACAGAGAUCGUGGUGGGAGGAGAAGAGAUGACAGGAGAGAUAGAGACGAUCGCUCUACGUGGGAUGUAAGACCUAGUGCUGAAGAAGUUGCUAAGCAAAAGAAACUGUUGUGGGGAUCGAAACCAGCGCCAGCUGCCAGUGGAGAGACUAGUGGUGCAACCGGAGAAGCACACGACGAAGUCGUAGAUAAGAAUGCCGGAUUGUGGUCAAGCGCUAUCACGGCUAGUGGUGUUGCUGGUGAACAAGCGAACAAGUUCUUGAAGCUUAUGGGGAUAAAACAUGCUCCGCCCGUAGACCCGAGUACGACUGACAGCAAACGACUUCAAGAAGAAAGCGAGAAGCAGAAAAAAAUGAUGCGUGAUCUGGAUCGGCAGAUUCCAUCAACAGUAACAUCGUUCUUUUCUGAGGUAGCAGAAAUUGUAGUUUGCUGGAGUUGUGCGCAUGAUAUAAAACAACCUUAGGUCUGUCACCAGUGUUUUGGAAGUACAUUCAACUAUAUUCUUGUAAAGUCCAAUUCAAACAUACACUUUGUACAUAAUUUUUCUUAUUCAGAGUAUUCUUUUCUUUCCACCAUGUUUCAUGAUUUAUGGUAGUACUUUCUAGCGUCUUCUGUUGUAUGUUUUGUUACUGUUUUUGAAUUAUUCUCGUAAUCUUUAUCCAUAAAUGUAUAUGC